UCUCUCUCUCUCUCUCUCUCUUUUUGCUCGCACUGCUAAGGGAAGAUUUGUCGAGGAAGGGGUUUUCAGUUUUUCUCUCUAGGGUUUCUAAUCGAGAAAAUCAGCGGCUCCGUUGCGAGAUCCAGGUUUUGAAAUUGGGAUUCUUGUGGAGCAGAUUUAGGGUUUUAGCCACAUUUUUUUUCCCGGUUUUUGGUUGGAUUCGAUCUCAUUUCUAAAGGCCUUAUUUUCAAAUGAGCUUAGCAUAGAUUUUCAUUUUUUUUCGCUUGUAAGUACCAAUUCUUUCUUAUUUUCUUCAAUAGUUCUCGCUUUAAAUAUAUCCUCAUCGCUCGGCCAAUUCAUUGCAAUUAGUUCGAAAACGAGGAAAAAUAAGUGAAAUUUGAGUUUCUUUGAGCGGCAAAUAAAGGAAAGAUAGAGUUUUAGGGUUUUUUGAGGUAGCACCAACUGGGGACGUAUGAAGAGAGUUUAUAAUUCUUGGGUUUUCAUUUUUAGAUAUUGAUUGUCUUUUGUUAGGGUUAUAAUUGAAAACUUUGUUCUUUGACUAAUGUGAAUCCUAAGAUUUGAGAUUGGUGUUCGGCUGGAGAAUAAAGGACUAUUGAGGGGGUUGAAAAGGUUGCAAUUUUGCCAUACGUAUUCUUUGGAGGAGUAAUGAACUGCCCAUUUGUGACUUUUAAAGAUUUUGAAUAAAUAGGUACGUAACAUUUGGAGUUUCAACUGGUUACAAACGAAUUACGAAUAGAUUUAUUUUAGUUACACCAAAUUGAACAUUUGGAGACUGGAUUUUAAUAGGAUAAUUUGUGAGGGAGUAUAAAACUUGCUGGAAUAGUUGAUAUGUGCGGUCAUUGGAAGUUAAUCUUAUGGCACCCGCUAUUCCCAUAGAGUACACAGGACAGAAGGAAUACAAAAAGUGUUCAUUUUCACAAUUGAUGGGGAAGUCUAGGAAGUACUCUAAGGGAGGGAAUUCUUCUGGUUUUGUUCCCGAUUACCGUCAUGUGGUUGAGACCAUGGGUGGAUCGGAGGGCUUUGGGAGCUUUGGACAGGUUGAUACAGAGAUGACUGCAUCAGAGGAUUCAGGCGCACCUAAAAGGAAAUGUAUCAGUUUGAAUGCUGAUAGUUAUGGUAAUUUUGGUGUCCCUACGCAAGUAUUGUCAUUGUCUAAGAUGUCACGACCUGAGAGAAAGGAUUUGGAGUCGAGAUUAAAGAUGGAGCUUGAACAGGUUCGGGUGCUACAGAAAAAAGUUGCUUCUUUGGACAUGAGUGUUGUUGGUUUAUCACUGUCUACUAAUAACAAGAGCUGUAAUGAUGGGAAGAAGAGGCCUCCAGUAGAGAGUUUUUGUCAAUCAGCAGGAGUAUUGAGUUUGCAAGGGAGGAAACGACCUUUCGGAGGACGUAAUGGAGCCUGCAUUAAAAAGAGCAUGUCCAAGCGUUUUGAAACUGUGAAGCCAACUGUGACAGUGAGUAAUUCGAAUGCUCAUUUGAUGAAGCAAUGUGAGACUUUACUUAACCGUUUGAUGCAACAUAAUUUUGGUUGGGUUUUUAACAACCCUGUCGAUGUGGUGAAGUUGAACAUUCCGGAUUAUUUAACUGUCAUCAAGCAACCUAUGGAUUUGGGCACUGUGAAGAAGAGGUUAGCUUCAGGGCAGUAUUUGAGCCCAUUGGACUUUGCUGCUGAUGUUCGCCUUACUUUCUCAAAUGCAUUGACAUAUAACCCACCUGGAAACGAUGUCCACUACAUGGCUGAGACGCUAAGUAAAUAUUUUGAAGUGAGAUGGAAAGCUAUAGAAAAGAAGCUUCCUGUGACCAUGGAUAUAGAUGCUGUACCUUCAACAGCAACUGCACCUAUAAAAGUUGAAAAAAAUAGUGGCAGUUUACCUUUCAAAAAGAAAACUAUAAACCCAAAAGACACUAUGAUCAAGCCAGACCCUGUUAGACAGAUCAUGAAUGAUCAGGAGAGGCAUAAUUUGAGCGCAGAGUUGGAGGCUUUGUUGGGAGAAUUGCCUGAAAACAUUGUUGACUUCCUUAAAGAACAGAGUUCUAGUGAAGGUCUAAUGGAGGAUGAGAUUGAGAUUGACAUUGAUGCACUCAGUGGUGAAACUUUGUUCAAAUUGCGAAAACUUUUGGAUGAUUAUUUGCUGGAGAAGCAGAAAAAUCAGGCAAAAGCUGAACCUUGCGAAAUGGAGCUUCAUAAUGAAUCAGGGUUUAGCAACUCAUCAAUGCAGCCAUGUAGAGGUAAUGAUCAAGUUGACGAGGAUGUAGAUGUCGUUGGUGGAAAUGAUCAUCCUACUUCAAGCUGCCCUCCUGUAGAAAUAGAGAAGGAUUUAACCCGUAGAAACAGUAGAUGCAGUAGUUCCAGUAGCUCCAGCAGUGAAUCAGGCUCUUCUUCUAGUGAAUCAGAUUCUGGUAGUGAUUCUGGUAGUGAAUCAGAUGCUGUUAAAGCUUCAGUUCCUGUAAGUUCUGUGAAGGAAAAUUUGGAUUCAGGAACAAAUGUGGAUUCAAAGAACGGCAGUAUUGCUGUUCCUAAAGAUGGAAAUCAGUCUUUAAACGAGUUGGGUCAAGUUGAGUUAAAAUUUCAUGAUAAGCCUAGUGCUAUUGAGGCAGAAGGGCACCAAGAUGAGGAGAGUGCUCCUGCUGAGAGGCAAGUCUCCCCUGAGAAGCUCUAUCGUGCAGCUGUAUUAAGGAAACGUUUUGCUGACACCAUACUUAAAGCUCGAGAAAAGGCACUUGAAAAGGGUGAAAAGGGUGAUCCUGAGAAACUGCGGAUGGAGAGGGAGGAACUUGAAAGGUGGCAGAGAGAAGAAAAAGCACGAUUGCAAGUAGAGGCCAAGGCUGCAGAAGAGGCUAGGAUAAAAGCUGAAGCAGAAGCUGCUGCUGAAGCAAAAAGGAAGAGGGAGCUGGAAAGAGAAGCUGCACGUCAGGCACUUUUAAAGAUGGAGAAGACAGUGGAUAUCAACGGGAACAGUCAAUUUAUGGAAGAUUUUGAAAUGCUUAGGACUUCCAAUGAUGAACAUUUACCUAAUUUCAUGGAGGAGACAAGCCCAAGUCAUUCUCAAAAUGGGUUAGGAAGUUUCAAACUCCAGGGGAGAAGUAAUCCCCUUGAGCAGCUAGGAUUGUACAUGAAGGCGGAUGAUGAGGAUGAAGAAGAUGAACCUCCCCAAAGUGCUCCAGAGCCAGUAAAUGAUGUAGAGGAAGGAGAAAUUGAUUGAUUGUGUUUUCUCCCAUUGCUUGUUGAGUGGAAUGUAAGUGCGGUUCUGAAAAAUUCUGCGCAAUGGUCCUUUGACACCCUAAGCACAACCUUCAGAGAAAUGAAGACCGCAGAAGCAGCGUUAGUGUUUAGCAUGAAUUGCUACUGGCUUGCGGAUCUUGUGAUUGACUAGCUGUUGGAUUGUGCUUGGUAGGAAGCAUCAGAGUUCAGGUGUUUUUUUUUUUUGUUUGUUUGUUUGUAAAAAGAAAGCUAAAUGUUUCUGAUGCAUUGAGGUGUUGGGGGCUCAGGAAGGGAAUUCUGCCUUCUCGUUAGUAUAUUUUUUCUCUCUUUUCACUGCUUUACCCUUAUUUUUGAUUUGGAUGUCGGUCUUCCGGGGGGGCUUGGGAGUGUAUUUUUAAUUGUAGAGGUGGGUUGGCGAAUUGUAAUAUAUUUUAAGUAGAGAAAAUGGGAAUCACGGUGCGUCCAUUCUUUUUUCCAUAA